GAUGUUUGUCUAUUAUGCCACUGUUCCAAUGUUGUCGCUAAUAGACCCCUCAAUACUGUGAUGUAUAUGUAUUUCAGAUGCAUAUUUGAAGUAAGAUAACUCUUAAGAAAAUGAACACCUUAAAAUUCAUUGAUAAUAAAGAAAUAAUAAUUGAGAUUACCUGAUUGGAAAUAUUACUGACGAACAAACUCUUCGUUCGUCACACAAGUAUGGAUUUCAAAAUGCAGACGAUUUUCUGUUGGUCAUACGAAUCAUUUCAAAGUUUUACAAGGAUAUUUUAGUUAAAUGUGAAAAACUAACUCAAUUUUCGUGUAUUACCCCUGAAAUGAGCCGGCUUGCACAUCUUGUGCUAUCAGCACGCUACCCUGAGUUAAGGAGCAAUCUGGAGCAUUGGGAGUUCUUGGAAAAAAAGAAUGUCAUAGAAUCUUUUGUUUGGGACACACGGUUAAUAUUAGGAGAUAGCAGCUUUGGAAGAAAUAUACAUCAAUUAACAACUUUGGUUUUGCAAUACCGUCACAUACAUAUUCAAAAAGAGCUGUAUUUUGAAAUGAAUAGCGUUAUAUUAAGCGACUUCAUUUAUUUAUUAGAAAAUUUAUUAACCAGGUAACAAUCCAAAUAUUUUACAAAUAUUAUUGUUCUUAAAAUGUAAUUUUAAUUGAAAGUUAUUAUUUCUAUUAAUAAACUUUUCUUUAUAUAGUUUCAUUCAGAACGAAGGAAUGUAAGGCUAACAAUAAAUGUUUGUCUCCAGCGA